AUGGAUUCAACUGGAAUAUACACAUCUAUCUAUCUAUCUAUCUAUCUAUCUAUCUAUCUAUCUAUCUAUCUAUCUAUCUAUCUACAUGGAAAAGACAAUGAAAUGGAAACUGAAUUUUGCCGUUUGAUAUACUGCUGGACCACACACAACUCUCUUUCAUUCCUCUGUGUUCAGUGGAACACUAUCUAUCUAUCUAUCUAUCUAUCUAUCUAUCUAUCUAUCGAAACUUUCUUUAUCAGUAUAAUUAUGUUUGUUUCUUUCUUUCUUUCUUUCUUUCUUUCUUUCUUUCUUUCUUUCUUUCUAAUAUAUCUAUCACUUUCACUCGAUUCAUAUCUAUCUAGAUAUAUUUUGUUUGUUUGUUUGUUUCUUUCUUUCUCAGUAUAUCUCUCUAUCUCAGUAUAUUUUCUUUCUUUCUUUCUUGCUAAUAUAUCUAUCAGUUUCACUCGAUUCAUAUUUAUCAAUCUAGUCUUUCUUUGUUUCUUUCUCAAUAAAUCUAUCUAUCUAUCUAUCUAUCUAUCUAUCUAUCUAUCUAUCUAUCUAUCUAUCUAUCUAUGUGAGAGGGAUUUGUAUGCAUAA